AGGGGGAGUGAGUGGAAGUAGAGAAUACAACACAUUAGUGAGAGGAAGAAGAGGAGAAGAGAGUGGGGUGCUGGAAGAACCAUAGCAGGACUCAGAUUACAGUAACACGUCCCUGACGGCCUCCCGAGAUGUCGAAGAAAAACGAACUCAGCUCUGUGAAGCUCAGCAAGCAGGAGGCGGCUGAACUUGCAGAAGUGAUCAAGCGCAUGCAGAAGAAUGCUGACCAAGUGGAGAAGAACAUCUUGCAAGCUGAGGAGAUGCUGCGUGUGGACAAGGAACUGGAGGAGAAGAACAAGCGAUGCCUUCACCAGCAGGAAAACUCGGCCAACCUGGGUCAGGCCGAGGAGCUGCUCAAGGACCUUUUCCUGGACGUGGGUAAAGCCAAGAAGCUGAAGCACCCGCAGGCCUCUGUGAUAGAGACCGACAUAAAAAACCUGCAUGAACGCUGGGCGAAGAGCUGCGCUCUCUACAGGGAUCUUUACGACCAGGUGCAAGACUUGGAGCUGAAGCAGAAGAUCGACUGGGGUCCUGUUCUUCAAGAAAAACUGGACCAUAUCAUGGGAGAGGAGUACGGCCCCAACCUGUACGACGUAGAGAAGCAGAUCGCUGAGCACAACAUUCUGCACCAAGAGAUUGAGGCCUACAGCAGCCAGCUGCAGCCCGGCUCCACAGCUUCCCCGGAGGAUUACAAAGUCUUCAGAGAGAGAUAUAACAAACUAUUAGACAGCUCCAGGCUCAGGCACAAGCACCUGGCCUCUCUGUAUGAGUACAUGCAGAGCUGCAGCAAAGAGCUGGUCUACCUGUCCGGCCAGCAGGAGAGGAUUAUCAACAGAGACUGGAGCGAUCACAUGGCCGACCCCUCAGGGGUACGCGUGGAGUACGAGAAAUUCAAAAGUAAUGGACUCUUGGCGCAUGAGCAGGAGGUCAACCAACUCGUGGCGGAAGGAAACAAUCUCACUGAGGGGGAUCACCCCGGCAUACCUGCCAUACAGAAUAUCUGUGACAGAGUGCAUCUGGAGUGGCAAUCCUUCCUCAACCUCUGCAUAGCGCAGGAAGUUCACCUGGAGAACGUCGACAACUACAAGAAGUUCCAGCUGGAUGCGGAGACGCUGUCCGAGUCUCUGCAGAGACUCAAAUCCAACUUGGAUCCAAAGUCCUUCAACAACAAGAAGAACCCGGAGAUCCUGCUGGCGCUGGAGGGAGACGAACCAUCGGUGAAAAGGAACGAGCAGCGCCUGGAAGCCCUCAGGGAGCUCAGCAGCAACAUUGCUCCUCUAAAACUGCGCAGAAUCCCGCCCACCAAGCCCACCACGGUGGUGUCUCUCUGCGACUGGGCAGAGGAACGGGGGGUAGUGGAGCGCGGUCAGACGCUGAUCCUGAAGUCCAACUCGGACAAUAAGUACUGGGAGCUUGAGGACAGAGAGGGAAGGACCAUGAGCCUCCCAGGGGCAUGUUUUGAGAUUCCACCCCCUGACCCAGAAGCCUUGGAGAGGAUAAAAAGACUCAACAGAGAACUGGUAGAUCUGAAGAAGCGUCGAUCUGCUCUGAUGGACUCGCUGAAAACCCCCACAGCAGAGGUGAUCCGUCCCCAGAAGGCUGCUGUUAUUGAAAGUGCACCUGAGGAUCCAAAAGUCCCAGAGCUGAUUGGUGACAUCGAUAAGAUCAACAAAGCUCUGCUGACGCACGAGAAGGAAACCCUGAACAGACUGAGGACCCCUCUGGACUCCAGCGCCCCCAUGAAGGACUUGGAAAAAAGGCAGCAAGAGAAUGAGAAAUCUGCCCUGAAUCUCAGAAAGCUGGAGUCUGAAAAAGCUGCCGUCCAAAGAGAGGCGGAUCCGAUUCUGGCCAAGAAACCUGUGGGUCCAAAGGCCGCCAUGCUGCCGCUGAAACUCAGCGCCGCGGAAAACAAGAUCCACGACCUCAAUACGCUUAUUGAUCUCUACAACAAGAAAGCCACCGCCUCAAUGUUCCUGGAGAAACAGCUGGAAAAGACUGAUGUCACAGUUUCCUGGUUUGAGCAGCAUCUAACUAAAGACGGCGUCAUUCCGGAUCAACCUGAUGUCCUUCAGAGUCGCACCAAGAAGCUGCAGAAUCUGCAGAAGGAGGUUCUCACAAAAAAAGAAGAACUGACCAAGUUAGGCAAAGAUCUGGACCUGACGCAGCAAGCCUGCAGCCCCCUGCAGCAGGGCUUCAACGAGUACUGCCCCGACAUCCGCCGCCAGGAGAGUCAGGUGAAAGUCCUGAAGAACCGGUACACAAACGUCAACAAUCAGCUCGAGGAAAGGUUGGCUCUCCUUAAACAAGCAUCUAACAAAAAUCAAGAGUUUAACACGGUUGGUCAGUCCCUGGACUUUUUCUUGCUCAACUUGCCUGAUAACACCAUCAAACCCACUGAUGGCGUCAGGGAGGUAAUGGCCAAGGAGAAUUCCCAAAAGAGAGUGGUGGAUGACAUCGAGAAGAAGUCGGAGGAUUUAGAACGACUCAAGGGUCUGUCCAAAGAUCUGCAGAGUGUUUUAAAUCUGUAUGAGCUCAAGUCAAAAACUUAUCGUGACACUCUCAAUGAUGAUGAUGAUGACGAGGAGGACGACGAAAAUGGCGAAGAUGACACCUAUAAGGCAUCAACUCCAAAGAAACGUCUAACUUCAACUCUGGCUCAAGACGUGCAAAGAACGGAGAAAGACCUGCUGAACCGUUACUCUAAGAUCUCAGCUGAAAACAACCAACGCCUCAGUCAACUGGGGACAGCAAAGAACAUGAUGACAAAGAAUGAAGAUAAAGUGGUCCAGGUGGCUGCCAGUCAGCAGCUGCAGCUUCAGAGCCAGCAGAAAAAUCUGGUGGAAACUGAUAGUCUGAAAAAGGAAUUAGAUGAAGAAAUCAACAGGCGUAUACAUGCUGAGAAUAACUUGGAAAGCUACCGUAAGAGAUUUCUGUCUCUGAAGCACAGGAGAGGAGUGGAGAGGUUGGAGGAGAAGGAGGUAGUGCAGUAUUACCGUGACCCAAAAGUGGAAGCGGAGAUCCAGUCACUGAAAAGUCGAAUUCAAGAUGAAGAUUUCAAAAGAUCGAGAAUCCGUUCUGAUAUAGAACUUAUCAAUGAGAAGAUCAUCAACGUAGAACUACAACUGACCAAAGUAGAACCUAAGCUGGUGACCAGAGUGGUCACCGAAUAUGAGAGAGACCCCAAGCUUGAUAAAGAGAUGGCUGAGAUCAGAGAUGAGAUGGAGAGGAUCCGGAUGGAGCUUAAAACAAAAGAUACUGAAGCUGUGCACGUAAAAACUGAGAUCAAUGUUCUGGCUCAGCAGAAACCAAAAAUCAGGAAGAAGGUUGUGGAGAAAGAAGUGGUGAGAUUGGAAAAAGACCCAGAGAAGCUUAAAGCUGUUCUAACAUUCCAGGGUGACAUUGCAGAGGAAGAACUACGCUCCAAGUCUCUCAAUGAUAUAAUUUUUAGCACCAGGUCCCAGAUUAAUGAACUGGAGAGGGUCAUCCCAUCCAUUGAACCCAAAAUUGUCACCAAAGUUGUGAAACAAGUGCAGCAAGAUCCAGAGCUGAUAGAUGAGGCAAGGAAAAUAAGAAUGGCUUUAGAAGAGGAGAAGGAUGAGAAUGUUAUCCUGAUGAAGGAACUCACUACUCUUCAGCUUCGUUUUGGUGAACUGGAGCUGCUUAAACCCAAAGUGGAGGUCAAAGAGAUAGUCAAUGAGAUCUACAGAGUCGAUCCUGACACUGAGAUAGAACUGGUGCGUCUGAGGAAGGAGCUGCAGGAUUUGAGUCGGAACCGUUCAGAUCUUGAGGAUGAGAUUGACUCAGUGACAACAACCCUAACUAGCCUACGGACCCAGAAACCCAAAGUGGAAUACAAGGAUGUGACAAAGGAGGUGAUCAAAGAAGAGAAGAGCCCAGAGGUUGUAAGGGAAUUGCAGAGACUCAACAACCAAGUUUCCCGCCUACAAGUCAACUAUGACACCACCUUGGAGCUGCUGAGUCACCUACGUAAGGAAAGAGAUGAACUGAAAGCUGAAAAAUCCAAAGUGGAGACAAAGCUUGUGUCAAAGGAGGUCAUCAAGUAUGAGAACGACCCUCUCCUAGAGAAAGAGGCUGACAGGCUUCGAAGGGACGUACGAGACGAGAUACAUCAACGCCGGAGUAUGGAGGAAUGUCUCUUUGAGCUGCAGAAUCAAUAUAUAUCCCUUGAAAGGCAGAGGCCAGAGGAAAAGAUUAUCACCCAGGAGGUUUUCCGCCUUCAGAAAGACCCCAAGCAGAUCCAGGAACAUGAUAAGUUGAACAGGACCUUGGACGAUGAAGUGAAAACACGCAGAAAACUUGAAUUAGAGGUCAGACAGCUGAGAGCACUGGUUGAAGAAAAAGAAAGAGACUUGGCUAAGAUGGAUGAGCGACAGAAGAAGAUCCAAUCUGAGUCUGAGCUCAGGCAAAUAAAGACUCGCAUUCUUGAACUGGAGAAUGCUCCACCACCCAUUGAAGAGAAGAUCAUCAUUGAGGAGGUCCUGAAAGUUGAGAAGGAUCCCAAGCUGGAGAAACUCACUGAUGAUAUUCGUUUUGAGAUGGAGAAGGAGAGCAACAACAUCAGCCGGCUUGAGAGAGAAAUCCGCAACCUUAGAGUGAAGUUGGAGAUCCUACAGAAGGAGAAGUCUAUUGAAAAGGUUGUUUAUAGAGAAGUUGUUAGAGUAGAGAAAGACCCAGCAGUUGAAGCUGAGAGGGACCGUCUCAGAGAUGCUGUUGCGCAAGAGAGGAAUCUAAGGCGAAAUCAAGAAGACAACCUCCAGAGCAUUAACAACCAAAUGAACCAUUUGCAGACAUCAAGAUCCAUGACUUCUCAGGAGGAGAGCGCUCUCCUCUCAAGUCGGGAUGCUCUGCAAAGGGAGAAGGAAGAUCUCCUCAGACAGCUUAAAGCCCUGGAUUCUGAAAAACAGUCCACAUUCAUUGCCUUCCAACAGCAGUCCAGGUUGAUGAGCGAGAGGAACCAGAUGGCACGCCAGAGAAGUCUUAAAACAUCUUCUGAGGUCCAGCGACUUGAGAAAGCAAUUCUAAAUGAGAAAGAUAAAAUACACAUGAGAGAUACUCUCAUUGAUGAGCUGCGGAAUGGAAUUAAGUCAGAGGAUCAUUCGGAAACUCACACCAGGGAGACAAACCUCUCAACAAGGAUCACCAUCCUUGAUCCACAGACUGGCAAAGACCUGUCUCCCUAUGAUGCCUACGUACAAGGUGUAAUCGAUCGCAACCACUACCUACAGCUGUCUAAGCUGGAGUGCGACUGGGAGGAAAUCACCUCAAGUGGCCCAGAUGGAGAUACCACAGUUCUUCAAGAUCGAAAAAGUGGGAAGCAAUAUUCUGUCAAGGAUGCCUUGAAGGCAGGCCGUCUGACUGAGUACGACGUGAGCCGCUACAAGGGAGGGAAAAUGCCUAUUUCUGAGUUUGCUCUCCUUGUCACAGGAGAAAAACCACAAUCGUAUGUUCCACCAUUAACACCAAAAUCCCCAGGCAAGACCUUCCCAUCUUCACCCCUGAAGUCCAUGCCUUCACCUUUGAGGUCCUCAUUCCCAAGCCUGAGCAGUCAGCACAGCAACGGCAGUUUGAACAACCUUAAUACUCCCACAGGAGAUGACCAUUUCCCAAUCUCCGGCAUAUUUGACACCACCACUGAAAGCCGCAUGUCUGUGAGAAGUGCUCUCACUCGGAAACUAAUAGAUCAAGAAACUGCUAUGAAGCUUCUGGAGGCUCAAUCAGCCUCUGGCGGGAUUGUUGAUCUAGCCAAAAGGGACAAACUCUCUGUUCACAAGGCCGUUGAGCAUAGCCUAAUUGACUCAAACCAAAUGCAUAAGCUACUGAAUGCCCAGAAGGCCUUCACUGGAAUUGAGGACCCUGUGACCAAGAAACGUUUGGCAGUUGGACAGGCAGCACGGAAAGGCUACAUGACCAAUGAGAAUGCAAAGAGGUACAUGGAAGCGCAGUAUCUCACCGGUGGGUUGGUAGAUCCCAAUAAGGCAGGGCGCCUAACCAUCGAAGAGGCGCUUGCAGCAGAUCUGAUCGACAGCACAAUGGCUGAUGAGUUAAAAGACGAGGCUUUGCACUCCAAAGAGCUGGAAGACCCCAUCACCAAGGAGAAGAUAACAUACAAGCAGGCAAUGGACCGGUGUAAGAAAGACACAUCUACUGGCCUCCUACUUCUUCCUGUAGCCUCAACAGAUGCUGCGAACACGCCGUCCUACUCCAACUACCGCUUCCGUUAACCAAAUUCAAACAAAGAUUAGGGUUAGCCACAGCUGAUUGUGCUCUGCAAACUGAAACAUUUUAUAUCUUUCAGAGAAACAAAGAUGUUUAUGCAUACAUCAAAUGAAGAAACAUGUAUUUGGUGGGAAUGUGCUUAUGGAUUACUCUUUGAAAUAGUUCCAGUUUUUCUGUAAAAAUGAAAGUUAUUUUUGUCAUACCAUUUGUCAUAUCCUAUACUUUCCUAUGCUAGUUCCUAUUAAACUCAACUAAAUCACA